UUUCAAAACAUUUUGUUUGCAGUUAAUGUGAAAUGGGGAAAAGAGAAAUUCGAUGGCGUGGAGCUUAACACUGAUGAACCUCCAAUGGUCUUCAAAGCUCAGUUGUUUGCACUAACUGGAGUUCAGCCAGCUAGACAGAAGGUUAUGGUUAAAGGAGGAACUCUGAAGGAUGAUGACUGGGGGAACCUAAAAAUAAAGAAUGGGAUGACCUUAUUAAUGAUGGGUUCCGCAGAUGCGCUUCCAGAAGAGCCAAUUGCUCGACCCGUCUUUGUAGAAGACAUGACAGAGGAACAGUUGGCUUCAGCUAUGGAAUUACCAUGUGGAUUGACAAACCUUGGCAACACUUGCUACAUGAAUGCUACGGUUCAGUGUAUCCGCUCAGUGCCAGAAGUGAAAGAGGCCCUUAAAAGGUAUGGUGGUGCCUUAAGAGCUUCAGGAGAAAUGGCGUCUGCUCAAUACAUUACUGCAGCUCUUAGAGACUUGUUUGAUUCCAUGGAUAAAACUUCCUCCAGUAUCCCACCUAUCAUUCUCCUGCAGUUUUUACAUAUGGCCUUCCCGCAGUUUGCAGAGAAAGGUGAUCAAGGCCAGUACCUUCAACAGGAUGCCAAUGAGUGCUGGGUGCAGAUGAUGAGGGUACUACAGCAGAAGCUGGAAGGCAUAGAAGGUGAUACCAUUAUGGAGACAGACUCUGGAGCUACAGCAGCAUCUUCUAAAAAGAAGAGUUUAAUUGAUCAGUUCUUCAGCAUUGAAUUUGAAACAGCUAUGAAAUGUACAGAAGCUGAAGAAGAGGAAGUAACUAAAGGAAAGGAGAAUUUGCUUCAGCUCAGCUGCUUUAUCAAUCAAGAAGUGAAAUAUCUGUUUACAGGACUAAAAUUGCGCCUUCAAGAGGAAAUCACCAAACUGUCUCCAACACUGCAGAGAAAUGCACUCUAUAUCAAAUCUUCUAAGAUCAGUCGCUUGCCAGCCUACCUGACUAUUCAGAUGGUUAGGUUUUUUUACAAAGAGAAAGAAUCUGUGAAUGCCAAAGUUCUUAAGGACGUUAAAUUUCCUCUUAUGUUGGAUGUGUAUGAGCUUUGUACACCAGACCUUCAGGAAAAAAUGGUUUCUUAUCGAUCAAAAUUCAAAGAUCUAGAAGACAAAAAAGUAAAUCAACAGCCAAAGAAUUCUAGUAAAAGUGAAGGUGCACAGAAAGAAGUUAAAUAUGAACCAUUUUCUUUUCCUGAUGAUAUCGGUUCUAAUAACUGCGGCUAUUACGACCUGCAGGCAGUACUAACGCAUCAAGGCAGAUCAAGUUCCUCUGGGCAUUAUGUGUCUUGGGUUAAAAGGAAACAAGAUGAAUGGAUUAAAUUUGAUGAUGACAAAGUCAGCAUUGUUACACCUGAAGAUAUUUUGAGGUUAUCCGGGGGUGGAGACUGGCAUAUAGCUUAUGUUCUACUCUACGGGCCUCGCAGAAUCGAAGUAAUUGAAGACGAAGCUGACCAGUAGUCUUCAGUUUUAGCCAUUCUGCCUAGGUGUGAAAUAAAUGUUGAUUACUGAUCACUUCUUUAACCCCAGAGCUUUUAGCAAGUGGAUAAGUAAUUUGUUCAACCCUUCUCACGUGAAGAAGGGUAUGGGUUCAAAACUGCUCCAAGUACCAAUUCGCCGCUGCUGGCCUGGACUGCGCUGCCCACUGGGGUGGUGACAAUUUUUAAAAUAGCUUUAAUGUCUUGCAGAAGAGAAAUUUUUUAAAUAAGCCUCUUCUUUCCCCCCCCCCCCCCCCCCCAAUGUCAUCAAGUAUUUAUUACACACCUACUCUCACAUUUGUUACUCUUGCAUGGUUUAUACCACAGUUCAGUAGCUGUCCAUCCUUUGCCUUACCUGGCAGGUUUGUUAGGAAGGUAGAAGAGCAACUGUUGCCUUGUUGUGUAACUCAGUGCUGCUGCCCAUAGCCAACAACCAUGGCUCCAAUCAAGUAUUGUCCAGCCUGACCUGCUGAUUCAGUCUGUUCUGUUGCUGGCACCUCAUGACUUCAAAAUAAAUUGUGAUCAACAACGUGUCCUCCAUUAAAAAAGUUCAUGUCCUAGUGAUGCAGUUAGUACGUGUUUGUUUUCACACCUUGGGCCACCACCAGUGAAUGAACGGAAGCAGCCAUGUAAUAAUACCACUGGUUUUUAAGCUGUA